CUCUCUCAAUAUGCGUGAAGAUAUCUCAUUCCAGACCUCCGACAAUGUCACGCUUCGCGGUUGGUUCUACAAGCCAUCCGAGUCGGAUGGGCCUCUGCCUUGUCUCGUCAUGGCUCAGGGAUUCUCAGCCUUGAAAGAGAUGGACCUGGACACUNUUGCCGAAUACUUUGUCGCUCAUCUUCCUAUAACUUGCUUGGUCUACGAUAAUCGCGGUUUUGGAGACAGCGAUACCAAAGAAGGACAGCCUCGUCAGGAAAUANUUCCUGCACAGCAGACUAGCGACUUUACAGAUGCUAUCACUUAUGCUCAAUCCAGAUCAGAGGUGAACAAGGAUAAGAUUGGUAUCUGGGGUAGUUCUUAUAGUGGCGGCCAUGUUCUUUGGGUAGGAGCCGUCGACCGGAGAGUCAAGGCGGUGCUGUGUCAAGCUCCUCUUGUUGAUGGUUGGGGAAACUUUCAUCGUCUGAUUCGACCAGACUUCGUAGCAGGGCUGAAUCAAAUGUUCCAAGAUGACCGUCAUGCGCGCGCAACCGGCAAACCUGCCGCAGUCAUCCCCGUGGUGGAUGCUGAUGCCACGAAACCAUCAGCUCUGCCCACUCCUGACAGUUUCGAAUUCUUUACAGCAUGGGCUAACAAAAGCAAUUGGAAGAACGAACAUAUCGCUCCAACACCACUUUUAAUGACCGUGGCAGAUAAUGAUGUCUUGACCCCAACAGAUCUUGCUUUGGAAGCUUACAGCCGGGCACUUGAGCCGAAGAGAUUGCACCUCUUGUCUGGAGGACAUUUCGAAGCUUACUCGGGUCCUAACUUUGAGAAAAGUGCUCGGGUGCAGACUGAGUUUNUGCAGAUGUACUUAUGCUCA